GGCGCUGGGAACCCAGCGGCGGGGGGGUGGGGAGGUUGGGGACGGGCCUGGCAGUUGUGAACUCGAACCUGCUGCUGUCGCCGCGGCGGGGCGGGGAGCGGGCAGCGGAGGCCGUCCUUCUGGCUCCAUGGACGGACGCCGCGCUCCUGCACAGCCCGCCGGAGAGGUAAGGCUGGCCUCUCUGCAGUCAGAGGUCUGAGCUCUGCCAUGGGGGUAGGGGUGUCUUUACUGCUACAGUUUUCUCUGACACCUGGGGGCUACCGGAGUGUGGGCAGAAGCCGGCGCUGCAGCGGAAGAAGUAUCCUCAGGAACAUUCCCAGGAGGAGCUGGCAAAAGCCUCAUUCUCAGCUCCGCAGUCUCAAGGCAGAGGAAGAACCAAUGCUGGAACGUCGCUGCAGGGGCCCCUUGGCCAUGGGCCCAGCCCAGCCCCGACUCCUCUCUGGGCCCUCCCAGGAGUCAUCCCAGGCUCUGGAGAAGGAGCCCAGUGGGCUGAGGCAGCAAGGCACUUCAGUGGCCCAGCCAGGCAGACAGGCCCCAGCCAGGGCCCAUCGCUGUGCACACUGUCGAAGGCACUUCUCAGGCUGGGUGGCCCUGUGGCUUCAUGCCCGCCGGUGCCAGGCCCGACUGCCUCUACCCUGCCCUGAGUGUGGCCGUCGCUUCCGCCAUAUCCCCUUCUUAGCACUGCAUCGCCAGGUCCAUGCUGCUGCCACCCCAGAUCUGGGGUUUGCCUGCCACCUUUGUGGGCAAAACUUCCGAGGCUGGGUGGCCCUGGUUUUGCAUCUGCGGGCCCAUUCGGCUGCAAAGAGGCCAAUUGCUUGUCCGAAAUGCGAGAGACGCUUCUGGCGACGAAAGCAGCUUCGAGCUCAUCGGCGGCGGUGCCAUCCCCCUGUCCCGGAGGCCCGACCUUUCAUAUGUGGCAACUGUGGCCGGAGCUUUGCCCAGUGGGACCAGCUCGUUGCUCACAAGCGGGUACACGUAGCCGAGGCCCUGGAGGAGGCAGCAACCAAAGCUCUGGGUCCCCGGCCCAGGGGCCGCCCUGCGGUGACCGCCCCUCGGCCUGGCGGAGAUGCUGUUGACCGCCCUUUCCAGUGUGCCUGCUGUGGCAAGCGCUUCCGGCACAAGCCCAACUUGAUUGCUCACCGCCGCGUGCACACGGGCGAGCGGCCGCACCAGUGCCCUGAAUGUGGGAAGCGCUUCACCAACAAGCCCUACCUGACUUCUCACAGGCGCAUCCACACUGGCGAGAAGCCCUACCCGUGCAUGGAGUGUGGCCGCCGCUUCCGGCACAAACCCAACCUGCUGUCCCACAGCAAGAUCCACAAGCGAUCUGAGGGCUCUGUCCCUGCUGCCCCUGGCCCAGGCAGCCCCCAGCUUCCAGCCGGGCCUGAGCCUACCCCGGUGGCCCUACUGAGAUCUGUGAGGGAGCCGGUGUCGCAGGAACCCCCCCUGGAGUCCCCGCAACACCAGGCAGAGGCCCCCGCCUCUCUCUACAGCUGCGAUGACUGCGGGAGGAGCUUCCGGCUCGAGCGCUUCCUGCGGGCCCACCAGCGGCAGCACACGGGCGAGCGGCCCUUUACCUGUGCCGAGUGUGGAAAGAACUUCGGCAAGAAGACACACCUGGUGGCACACUCGCGGGUGCACUCAGGGGAGCGGCCCUUUGCCUGCGAGGAGUGUGGGCGCCGCUUCUCCCAGGGUAGCCACCUGGCGGCGCACCGGCGUGACCAUGCACCUGAGCGCCCUUUUGUCUGUCCCGACUGCGGCAAGGCUUUCCGCCACAAGCCCUACUUGGCUGCCCACCGGCGCAUCCACACUGGCGAGAAGCCCUAUGUCUGCCCCGACUGCGGCAAAGCCUUCAGCCAGAAGUCCAACCUGGUGUCUCACCGCCGCAUCCACACCGGCGAGCGGCCCUACGCCUGCCCCGACUGCGACCGUAGCUUCAGCCAGAAGUCCAACCUCAUCACGCACCGCAAGAGCCACAUCCGGGACGGCGCCUUCUGCUGUGCCAUCUGUGGCCAGACCUUCGACGAUGAAGAGAGGCUCUUGACCCACCAGAAGAAGCACGAUGUCUGAGGCGAGCGGGGCUGGGGUGUCUCUGGGGCCAGGUGCAGGUGCCUACCUAUGCCGGGUUACCGGAGACUGGAAUCCUAGCUGGGUCAGAAAGAGGCUGGGGGUGAGUUGUCCCUGUGAGCCAGGAAGGUCAACCCGGGGUGGCCAGGGAACCCACUUCAGAGUGCAAGGAUGCUGCCCUUGGGUUGGUAUUUGCUAGGGUUCCUGACUGUCCUGUGCCCCAGAAAAGUAGCAAUAGUAACACCAUCUAUCCCGUAGAGCCCUCUGGCUAGAGGAGCCACCAGUGGAAGUGAAGAUCUUCCAUUCUCUGGUGUUAACGCCUUAAUGUCCCUAUCUUUUACUAUGAGUUACUUCAGAUCAUUUUUGGAAGUAGGUGUGGUGUGGUGCAGGUGUUAGUAAAUAAACAUCUAGGGAGGAGAAGUGGGCCAGCUGAGUACAUCUUGGAGAACCUGCUGGCCUCAUCAGACAGCACCUAGGCCCACCCCUCCCUCCUGUCUGCACACAGACUUGGAGAUCCAUCUUCAGUUCAUCUUCCUCCCCAGAGAUCAACCCCCCCAAGGCAUUUCCUCUUUGGUCUGUCUUGCUUUAUCUACCACCCCACUAAACUCCACCACAGUGCUUAGAACUUCCCCUGGCUGUCAGCAACCCAGUGUGCAGGCUUUCGUUCCAGUACCCCAACCCUUCCUUCCCUACUUAUGCUGUGGAAGGGACUGUCCCAUCGGUGACAGAGCUGAAGGGAAGGGGCUGAUGAAUUUCCCUCCCAACAUUUCUAGCAUAUGGAUGCCCAGCCUCUGCUUGAGCACUUAGGGGACGGGGUGUGCCCCACUUCCUGAGGCCCUGGUACUAUUGUAGGAUGAUUCUAAUUGUUAGAACUUCUUCCUUAUAAUAAAUGAAUUCUGCUUCCCUAUAAUUUCUGUCUGUUGGGCCUUGUGCUGUUCUGUGGAACUAAACAGAACAACCAUUUACCCUCCUUUUCAAAAUAGAGAAUAAAGAUUUGGUUUUAGAACUGG